CCUCAUCGCUCCAUUGGUUUUGCCUUCAACGUUUAUACACACUACAUAUCGGUGGAAUUCGCGAAUCAUUGCAGUUGUGUCUCCGAGCGCGCGCGUGUGUUUGUUUGUGACAAAAACAAUAGGAAAACAUUUGUUUACUCUGUGACAUUUACUUGUUGAAACAUUUUUUUUUAUUAUACACAAGUAAUACUUCUUUCUCAGUAUGCAUGAAAGAAAAGGUUAUUAUAGUCAUCUUUAUACAAUCAUCUGAUAAAAUCCGGUCAUUCAAUCUUUUCUAUCCGGUCAAUGUUCGAUAACAAUUUUAAAGGAAAUCGAUUUUGAAAGUAGUUUUUCUUGGAAAUUGUUAAUGUUUUGAGUGAAAAAAUAAACAAUUUUUAACGGACUCUAUUUUUUGAAAUUAGAAAACAGUUGACAGUACAAUGCUUAUUGUUUUCGAAAUUCAUCGAUUGUAACAUAAUUUUGGUUUUUUCAGAAAGAAAAUUCGUGAAUUUCGAUUUUUCUAACGGGACACUGUGAGAUGCUCAGUGUGAUGAUGCAAGGAAAUUGUCAUUUUUUAAAAUGAACCAUCACGUACAAAUUGACUGAAUUGAAUUUCAAUUUCUUGCGGGAAAGUUGAUAAAAUUUGCAAUUUGCUUUACAAAUUUUUACACUCGGACAAAAUUGGUUGACGUUUUUUUGGAGAAGAAGCUAUUAAGCAGAAGGAAUUUGAGAUGGGAGAGAGGAUGAAGGAAAAAAAUUAAGGAUUCCCCGGGUGUUGGUGAACACUGACAAAUGCACGUGAAACCGGAAGAAACUGGGAUGACUCCCUCGCCAACGGCAAAUCGGAGUUUCCUACACGGUGAUCGACAAUCAUCGUGUUUGAAUUCCGAUAAAAUUGUUUACGCCACACUAGACAGUUUGGCCCUGAAGAGAGUUACUCUACCACUGAAAUUACUUCCAAUCGAUAAUGAUCACGUCGUUGAUAAUUCAGCGAAAAUUGAUAAUAAAGAAAAAAUCAUUUCAAGAAAAAUGUCUUCUAGAAAGCCCAGUUUCAAGACACGAACAGCUUCGAAUAUCCAAUGGAAAAUUCGUUCACGAUUGAAUCAAAACUCAAAGGCAGAAAAUCAGAGGGAAGUUAUGAAGAAGUCAGUUUCCCUCAAUAGGAGAAGUAACAAAAAAUUGUUGAAAGAUUCCAAAGUACCAAUAAUUACAAAACACGAUUCUUGUCAUAUGAAGAGUAACACAUUGCCAAGGGACUCGAAAUUAAACGAAAACGUGACGAGAACGUGUGAAGAAACUAAAGAAAAAGAUGAUAAUUUUAAUCCAUCACUCAUUAUUGAUAGUGAAUUGUAUGACGACGUAUUUACUACUUCUGUCAAUAAUUUAAGUAUAGAAAAAUCUGAGGACGAACAAAAUCUAGAUCUGGACAUUUCUUCCAUUAGUAUUAAUAGUUACAAUCUCAGCAAUCAAUCUGAUACUAGCGGUUACGGUAGCAAUAAUAACACGAAUAAUUCCAGUAGUAUACAACUUAAUGACAAUAGUAUGUGUAAUAUUAACAAUAAUAUUAUCGAAAAUAUCGAAAUAAGGAAAAACGAUAAUGAAAAACAAUUUAUUAAUGAUGAAAAAUCGAAGAAGAAGUAUAAAUAUUUUACCAAGAAUGUCCUUCACUAUGUUCCUAUAUCGAAUCACGUGAAACGUUACAAGAAAUUGAGAAAAAAUCGAUUAAGUCUAUCGCUUGGAUCAUUGAAAAAUAAUCAGAUUGAUAGUAAAUUUGAUUUAGAUGAUUCGGCAAAAUGUAGAAGUCUCUCGAGAACUGAAUUAAAGUACGUGACAAUAUCGUCGCCAACAAAUUUUGUCCACGUCGCUUCGGCAACAAAUCCAAAAUUAUUAGUGAAUUCCGACAGUAAUUCGUGUACGAAACAAAAUGUAAUUACGCAUGAACAAAAAUUUGUCGAUCUAAGAAUAUUCAAGAUGGAUCAGUUGCAUAAUUACGAAAAAAUGGAUAAAAUUAACGGUCGUCCUAGCUUCUUACUGAGUGAAACUGACGGAAGGGGCUAUGUGGAAAUUAAAAAAUUACCAUUUACAACCGACAACGAUCCAUCUUAUGAUUCAGUGAGUGAAAAUCAAUCGGUGAAAGUCGAAAAUUUGGAAAAUUGCCAAACGAAGAACGAUGAGAAUGAGGUCGAUGAGAAGAUUUACGAGCCGGUGUCCGAAUUUUCUCCUUAUAAUGGCUUAAAGGCAAAUUCGAGUUUUCUUUGGAGUGAACGAAGGAAAAAUUCGGAAAAUCAUGAAAAUUCAUCGUCAAGUGAUCACAGUAAAGAUGAAAAUACUUAUGAAGAAUUUGAUGACAUUGGAACAUCUUUUGAGAACGAUGACUAUGAUGAUGUGGGAUUUUCCAAGAAUGAAAAAUUCGACAAUGUUUAUGACGACGUUAUGCCGCGGUCAUGUCAAAUGGAGCAGCAUUUCUCAUCGACGAGUACACUGGAGAUAAAUGACUAUUUAAUAAUGAAAACGAAAGUGGAAAUUGAGAGUAACGAAUUCGAAAAAAAGGACGAUUCGGAAAGAAGUUCGAAUUAUGAAAAUUACGCUGUGAACAAUGAUUACUCGAGUGUAGACGAAGACGACGACGACGAUGAGAUAAAAGAAGAGAAUGAACAAGGAGUGUAUGAUGACGUUGAUCUUCCAUGUCAGGAACGUGUCAAUAGCCUUUACGCAGGUUCCAGUACAGGAUCUCAACCGGGGUCAUCGUUGAAUGGCAAGGAAUCCGAGUGGGAGGAUCUCGAAGACGCGAAACCCUCUCUGCUCGUGCCAAAGAGAAACGUCACGUGCAUACGAGAGGCUCACGGGACUCCGAGUAAAAAGAAAUUGGGACAACGUUGGUCGCGGAAAAUUCGAGGACAACGGACAAAAGUAACGCGAAAAAGUUCCGGUAGAUCAACAAGUCAGACAAUAUGCGAUCGUGUGGUCCUCUUUGAAACAACGUCAGAUGACAGCAACUAUGAGACACUCUACUCCUAUCAGAUCGAUGACUUUAGUACAGAUUCAGAGGCUGAGGAGGAAAAUUGUGAUAGUACGCAAAUUUCGAGAACGAUUUUCAAUGAAAAUUUGGAACCACCAACGAGGCCAACGCCACCACCGCCUAGAGAAGCAAGUCUCACGCAGUCCUUGGGAAGGAGGAUGAAAAUACUCCGACGAACGUGGACCAUCACCAAGGGAAGUUUGGGACGAAUGCGUCGACGAACCUCCGGGGACGAUUCAACUUACAAGAGUGUUAAUAAUCAUUCAGUCACGAAUAACGACAACAGUAAAUAUUUCAGUUUUAAGAAGCACUUUAGAAAAAGUAUCUCCGGCCUCUCGACAUUCUAUCUCGAGAAUAAUCAGGAAAAUGGAAACGUGAAGGACAAUCAGAGCAACAGUAGUAUCAAGGAGGGAAUUUAUAGUAACAGUAAUUGGUACACGGACACUGAUAUUUGGAGAGAUGACAGCAGUUCCUUGCAAUCUGAAGUUAAUAGCGCUGAUCACUACAGCGUUUUGAUGGAAGAACCAUUGUAUCAAUUUUAUGCCGCGGCCGCCGCGAGAGUUGCCUUUGAAUCCGAUUCUGAUGGUUAUGAAGAAGUUGAAGAUAUCACACCAUCCUCGGCUGCUAUGGAACUUGCUAAACCUGGACAUCGAACAUUAUGGUGUCAAACUCCUCAAGUUAUUCACAGUGGUCUUCUACAGAGUUUAACCGUGGAGGAGAAAAAAAUGCAGGAGGCAAAAUUCGAAAUAGUAACAUCAGAAGCCUCGUACUUGAAUUCCUUGAGAGUUCUGAAUAACGAAUUUGUCACUAAUAAUGAACUAGUUAAUGAGACACUUACUCAAGUGGAACGAGAUAAACUCUUUGGUGGAGUUUCGUGUGUUCUAAUGUCAUCAGAGAGAUUUCUUGCGGAAAUGGAAAAUGUGUGGAAAGAAGAUCCAAUGCUACUAGGCUUGCCAGAUGUUUUACUUAAACAUGCAGAAAGAAGUCUUGCCAUAUACGUCACUUAUUGUUCAAGCCAAGUUAGCAUAGACAGUACAUUAAAGGAAUUGCGAGCUAGGAAAGGGUUAAAAUUUUUAGAAGUCGUUUCACGAAUUGAAAUGCGACCAUCUUGUCAAAGUCUCUCAUUACAUUCGUUUUUGAUGCUUCCAAUGCAGCGAGUAACAAGAUUACCUUUAUUGGCUGAUGCUGUUUUAUCGAAGAUACCAAUGAAUCAUCAAGAAAGAGCUUCCUGGGAAAGAGUUUUAUCACAUCUAAGUUUUGUUGUUGCCGAAUGCAACGAAGGAGCAAGAGCCGCGAGUCAAUUAAUUGAAAUGGAAACUUUAGCAAGAAAAUUAGAAUACUCUCCAAAAGUGCCGCCCAUCGAUUUAAGGGAACGAAAACUCAUUCGCAGUGGAACAGUAACACAAUUGUCUAUGAAAUCAGACACGGAAUAUAAACUGACUUUUGGAAAAAAAUUCCAAAAGACUCCUCUUUUUCUUCUUUUGCUCACAGAUUAUCUUCUAGUCACAAAACUCAAAGCCAGUAAUCAUGAAGACACGUAUGCAGUGAUAGAUUUGUGUAAACGAAGUCUUGUUGCUCUGGAGUCGGUUCCGGAGAAUUCACCAUUUUCGGGACGACACGCAAUGGUUUUAACGCUUCUCGAGAAUCAUUUGGAGCGACAAAUGGAAUAUGUCAUCACUUGUGAAAGUGAUACGGAGAAAGAGAGAUGGUUGGACGCUGUGUCACCUCCAAAAUCAAAUCUUGUUGGUGAAACUUUAUACGAGUCGUGGGAUUGUCCUCAAGUCAUGGCACUUUAUUCUUAUUCCCCAGGACAACCCGACGAACUGGCAAUGCAACCCGGAGAUGUGAUUAACGUCUCGAGAAAAAUGGCAGAUGGCUGGUACCAUGGGGAAAAAUUAUUAGACGGCGAACAAGGCUGGUUUCCUGGAAAUUAUACAAAAGAAGUGGCCAGUGAACAUGUGCGCGCUAGAAAUCUAAAACAAAGGCAUCGACUUUUGGCUUUGAAUGGAAGUGUUUUGCAGCGACGAGCAAAACAAUCCAUGGCCAUACACUAAAUUCCAAGCAGGGUAUACUAAUUAAAACAAAUUAUUGUAAUUAAUUGUUAAUUUUUGUAAAUUAUUCCAUUGUACAGCUUUUUUUAUAUAUAAUUAUCAAUUAGACACUUGGUGUCAUGUUGGUAUAAAAUAUUGUAUUGUAGGUAAUAAUAAUUAUAUAUUGUAAUUAAACAUAAAUUAUAGAAUUGAAAAAUUCUAUAAAACUUUAUUGUAUAAAAAGCAGUGUAAAAAGACAAUUUUUGUAACAAAA